AUGCCCCCCCCCACACACAAAAAAAAACAUUUGAUUACCACUGAACCGAGAGUAUUUGUGAUCCAUGCAGGAGAAGAUAAGGAUUCAUUUGUCCGUCCACUGGUCAGCAGCCUUCAGGAGAAAGGGUUGCAGGAAAAAGACAUCUUUUUCGAUGAGGUUGCCAUAAAGCCAGGUGACAUCAUCAGGGACAGAAUAAUGUCCACCUUAUCAAGUGAAAGUUUAGAGCUGGCUGUCAUUGUGGUCAGCGCAUCAUUCCUUAACAAGUCCUACUGGCCAAGGCUAGAGUAUGAAACGUGUCUGAAAAACAACAAGCACAUAUUCCCCAUUUGGGUCGAUGCUAACGAAGAUAACUUUAAGGCGUUUAGUGAGUCUGUCGGAAAGUACUCCCCUACAUUGAAACAGAUGAGUGGCAGGUGUGUACAGAGACAAGAGGUCGCUAAUGAGCUGCCAAACAUCGCCGCUGAGAUCGUACAACGGCUCUCGGCACUGAGACAAGGACAUCACGCCACUCAGCCUCCAGCAAUCCAAAUGCUUCUCUACCCGGGGCCUCCUUCGUCCUCAAGUGAUUCCAGCGACUUAGAACAAGGCACUGGCCGUGUAGAAGAGAAUGUCUGUGGCGCAGGGAACAGUGAAGAACAGUCGGUAGAGAAAACUCUGAAGAAUGAGAAAGCAAAGGAGCUCGAAUUGAUUGAGCAAUUUGGGCGAGUCCAGCUGCGAUUGUUGAAGGAAGCAGAAGGCCUACUCUCGGUAGAAACUAUCGCAGAAAGGACAGGAAAAUUAUUAGACGACCUUUAUCAGAAAAGUUUGCGCGUCCUUGAGGUUAAGAUGGGCUGCGUCAUUGUUUAUCUAGCCCCAAGCAAUCUGUCCACCUUAGAAAGGUUUUGGAGAGACUAUAAGUCAGGGCGACUUAGUCGUCAGUUCACUGACCGUCUUGUCUCUGACGAGAUGCGCGCUGCUGCUGGCCAAAACUUGACGAUGCGUGUUGUCAUGCUGGAGAGACAGCACCGUCAGUGGACAGGAUAUUUCAACACACGAGAUAUCAUGCAGACGGGCCAGCAGCUUCCGAGCUCAACAAUGACAUCUGCAACUCUCCAUGAGCAGCCCUCUGUGAGCCCUACCAUCUCGAAAAGUACAAAGACCAAGUGGUCAUAUAAUGAACCUCGGGUCGUGUACAUUAAAAGGCACACGGACUUGUCCGAUAAACAGGCAAAGGAAAAGAGAGUUGGGGCUCUAAGGGAACAAGUCGAGAGGGAACACAGAAAGGUAGAAGAAGUUGAGAAACGAAGACAGUUACUAGAACAAGAGGAGCAGAAGAAACACAAACACAAAGAGCAACUAAAAAAAUUGCAACAGCAAGCACUCAGCGAGAGAGAAAAGCUGCUAAAAUACCGUUUUGGUGACAAGCACGGUUCACGUUUCUUCGCGUGUACUGACGUAAGUGACAUUCAGCAAAGUGACCACAGCUUACGGAUUGGUGUCUUUGGGCCACCCGGGUCCGGUAAAGGCAGCUUCAUCAACACCUGUGAGCGGGCUUUAAGGCUUACGACAGAGGGUAGGUCUCCUUACUUCAGCACUGGAUGGAAACCAGUGUUUAAGCACGUUUGCUGUUGA